UCCUGUGACAUAAAAGUCGGAGAAGCAGAGAGCAGAAGGCGUAGCUUGAGCUUUGCGGUCUUUGAUUUAGGGAGCUGAGAUAUAGAUAGCCGUAAAACCCUUAUUUCUCGAAAUCGCCAUCGAUAGCUAACAGAAGAGAUGGGGAAGAAGCAACACAGCAAAGAUCGAAUGUUCAUAACAAAAACAGAAUGGGCCACCGAAUGGGGUGGCGCCAAAUCUAAAGAGGUCCAUACUCCUUUCAAGCGCCUCCCCUUCUAUUGCUGCGCUCUCACAUUUACACCAUUUGAGUUUCCAGUGUGCACCACAGAUGGAAGCGUCUUCGAUAUAAUGCAUAUUACUCCUUACAUAAGGAAGUAUGGGAAGCAUCCAGUUACUGGAGCUCCGCUCAAGCAGGAGGAUCUUAUCCCAAUUACUUUUCACAAGAAUUCUGAAGGAGAGUAUCAUUGCCCCGUAUUAAACAAAGUUUUUACUGAAUUUACACAUAUAGUUGCUGUGAAGACUACAGGGAACGUAUUCUGUUAUGAGGCAAUUAAAGAGUUAAACAUCAAGACCAAGAAUUGGAAGGAGCUGCUCACUGAUGAGCCAUUCACUAAGGAAGACUUGAUAACAAUUCAGAAUCCUAAUGUCCUUGACAGUAAGGUCACUCUGGAUUUUGACCAUGUUAAGAAGGGGCUGAAAAUUGAUGAUGAAGAGCUGAAGAAAAUGAGUUCAGAUCCAACUUAUAACAUUAAUAUAUCUGGAGAUAUCAAGCAGAUGCUGGAGGAGCUUGGAACUGAGAAAGGAAGGGAAACUGCACUUCAUGGUGGAGGCGGCAACAAGGCACAGAAGGAACGGGCUGCUGCACUUGCUGCCAUUUUGGCUGCAAGGUCGCGAAUUAAGGAGGAUUCCAAAUCAGAUUCAAAUGGAGAGUCUAAACCCCCACAGGCUUAUAGUAUUGUAGAUGCUGCAUCUGCUGCAGUACAUGGAAGAAGUGCUGCUGCAGCUAAAGCUGCAUCAGGUGAUAAAACUGCUGCUCGAAUAGCCAUGCACAUGGCUGGUGAAAGGGCACCUGUGAAUGCCAAAAUGGUGAAAAGCCGUUACACUACUGGUGCUGCUUCUCGAUCCUUCACUUCUACCUCUUUUGAUCCUGUCACAAAAAAUGAGUUUGAAUAUAUUAAAGUUGAGAAAAAUCCAAAGAAGAAAGGUUAUGUUCAGUUGCACACGACACAUGGUGAUUUGAACAUUGAAUUGCACUGUGAUAUAACUCCAAGGACGUGUGAGAACUUCAUCACCCUUUGUGAGAAAGGCUACUAUAAUGGAGUUGCUUUUCAUAGAAGCAUUCGGAAUUUUAUGAUUCAAGGUGGUGAUCCUACCGGGACUGGGAGAGGAGGCGAAUCUAUAUGGGGGAAACCUUUCAAAGAUGAGCUGAACUCCAAGUUGCUACAUUCUGGAAGAGGGGUUGUUAGUAUGGCCAACAGUGGGCCUCACACCAAUGGUUCUCAGUUCUUCAUCCUCUACAAGUCUGCCAAUCAUUUAAACUUUAAACAUACAGUUUUUGGUGGGGUUGUUGGUGGCUUGACUACAUUGUCAGCAAUGGAAAAGGUUCCUGUGGACGAUAAUGACCAUCCUCUGGAAGAGAUAAAGAUCAAUAGUGUAACAGUAUUUGUUAAUCCAUAUGCGGAGCCUGAUGAAGAAGACGAACAAGAGAAGGCCAAAGAUGAAAAGGACGCUGUUGAUGAAGAAAAUGUUAGUUUUUGGACCCAAUUGGUGCAGAUUAUCGUCUUGACAAGGUGGGGUCAUGGUAUAGCAAUCCAGGCACAGGAACAACAGAAUCUGGAACCAUGGGUGGUGGCGGGGUUGGAAAAUACUUGAAAGCAAGAAAUUCUCAGCCCGAAUCUGCUGUCUCGGAUGCCAAUUUAUCAACAAUGGCCAUGACAAAGAAAAGGAAAGUAGGAGUUUCAAAAGCAGAGUUCAAAGACUUCUCUAGUUGGUAAGGAUUCCCCCAAAUGUUGUGCAAUACUUGAUGAGUUGGUUGAAAACAAGGAACUGGUGUAGGCUGCAGUCUAACCAGUAAUGUAACAUAUAUUCUUUUGAGGUAAUGAAAAAUCAAAUGGAUACAGUUAAAGAGAGCAUUUCACAUUACACUGAAUUGUAAAAGAUGUAUUUAUUAGUCAGAAAUAAUUUGAGAUAACAA